AUGGGCAAGGAAGGCAUACACAACUUGACUUCGAAGUCCGACUUCGAUAAGGCGCUGGAGGACAAGGACAAGCUGCUCGUCCUUGACUGCCUCGCUACCUGGUGCGGGCCUUGCAAGGUCAUUGCGCCUCAGGUCGUAAAGUUCUCCGAUGCCUACCCUACGGCGCGCUUCUACAAGCUCGAUGUCGACGAGGUCCCCGAUGUUGCGCAAGAACUAGGCAUCCGUGCCAUGCCCACCUUCCUCCUCUUCAAGAAUGGCGAGAAGGUUGCCGAGGUUGUCGGCGCGAACCCCAAGGCCCUCGAGGCUGCCAUCAAGGCCAAUAUUCCAGAGGCUUCCGCAUAA